AUUGCGCAAUCACAACGAACUCCUCCAAAAUCUAUACUUCCCGACAAUGUCCACCAUUCACACCUACGCCAUCACUCCCUUCAUUCAGGGCCUCAAGGCCCUGACCGCCAUUCUCAAAAAAGGCGAGGAGCACGCAAAAGCAAACAAUAUCCCGCUCGAGGACUUGGUCAAUGCGUCCCUGAUCGCCGACAUGAAGCCCCUCUCAUUCCAGGUCUUCAUCGCCACCAACACAGCCGUCAAGCUCGUUUCUCGCGCGACAUUUGUGGAGCCACCAGCUCAAAGCGACACCGACAAGACCUUUGAUGACUUCUAUAAGCGCAUUGACGAGGCUCUUGCCGUGCUCGAGAAGGCCGAUGCCCAAACCAUCGCGGCCAAUGAGGGCAAGACGUUCAAGGCUCCCUUGGGCCCCAGGGAGUUUGAAUUUACACCAGAAUCGUAUACGAAUAGCUAUGCGGUGCCGAACUUCUAUUUCCACCUUGUGACAGCGUAUGAUAUCCUGAGGGCCAAGGGAGUGCCAGUGGGCAAGAUGGAUUACCUGAAGGAUUUCCUGGGAGAUAUUGCGGCUUAGCCUGGUAUCACGAGUGUCCAUAAAUGAAGUUUUGCAGCAUUCUCAUACCGCGUUCAGCCUAUGACAUCCAGGCACACUG